AUGGCGCCCACUACCGUCCACCACCACCGGUCCACCACCAAGACAUCCCACAAGCCGUACAAGAGCAAGCAUGCCUCCAAGAGUGCUUUGAAGGACAAGGAGAAGGGCAAGGUCGAAAACCAGGAGCGGGGCACUCGCAAGACCCCCCACCAGCAGCUGAUGUCGAAACUCGACCGCCGCAACCAAGCCCGCCAAAGACAACAAUUGAAGCACCAGGAAAAAGCGCAGGCUACUAGUAUCUUUGCUGGCCAAAAUGGCGCUCCCCGUCAGGUCGCCGUCGUGCCAUUGUCCGUCGAUGUCGAUGCGGCCGCCGCCAUUCAGGCGUUGAACGAGAGCGUUGAUGUGCUGAGCGAUGCCUCACCGGACAGAGCCUCUCGGGUGCGGAUCGACCGCUUCCGACAAAGCGUCCUGUACCUCCCGGCAAAAUAUGAUGUGAUAAACGCCCUGGAUGUCUGCCGAAUGGCCGACUUUGUGGUGCUGGUGCUGUCGGCUCAAGUGGAAGUCGAAGAAGAGGGAGAGGUUUUGCUGCGCUCGAUCGAGAGCCAGGGUAUCUCGAAUGUCGUGACGGUGGUGCAGGGUCUUGACAGGAUCAACCCUCCUAAGAAGCGCACACAGGUGACCACUUCGCUCAAGUCGUUCAUCAACCACUUCUUCCCGACGGUGGAGAAGAUCAUGUCGCUUGACUCCCGUCAAGAAUGCUCUAAUGCCAUUCGCUCCAUCUGUACUGCAACUCCCAAGGGUAUUCGUUGGCGGGAUGAUCGCAGCUGGAUGCUCAUUGAGCAGGUCCAGUGGCCGGAAACCAACGACGAAGUGGUGGAUGACGUUGUCGUCACCGGUGUUGUCCGCGGCAAGGGUUUGAAGGCAGACCGCAUUGCUCAUAUCCCCGGCUGGGGUGAUUUGCAGAUCGGGUCAAUUACGGCGGCACCGCUGCCCACUGCGAAGAACAAGCGGGAUGAUGCGAUGAACGUCGACGGCAACGAAACUACACAGGUCCUGGAUACCCCUAGCUCGGACCAGGAUGAUAUGACCGCUGUGGCACCUGAGGAGAUCGAAAUGGAAGACGAUGAGAUGGCACCGAUGGCCGACACGGAACGUAAAGGAGUCUUGCUCGACGACCACCAUUACUUCUCGGAUGACGACUCACACAUUCCUUCUAAGCCCAAACGCUUACCCAAGGGUACUUCAGAGUACCAGUCUGCCUGGUACCUCGAUGACGUUUCGUACUCCGGGUCUGACAUGGAAGACGAAGAUGAGGAAAUGGAAAUGGAUACAACUGGGGCACCGGAAGAUGGUGUCUUCCCCGACAACCAAGAUGCCAUGACGGAAGGCGGGCCGUCGGAGUACCCGCAAUCGGAGAUGUUCCUUGACCCAUCCCCCGAGGACGAGGCCCAGCAGCUGGCAGAGUAUCGGGCCAGUCGCCGAAAUGAGGCCCAAGAGGAUCUGGAGUUCCCCGACGAGAUUGAAUUGCACCCUAACGUGCUGGCGAGAGAGCGCCUGGCUCGGUUCCGUGGACUGAAGAAUUUCAAGCUCAGCUCCUGGGAGACAUCCGAAGACCGACCCUUCGAGCCGGAGGACUGGCGGCGACUGCUGCAGUUCGCGGACUACAAGGGAUCAAAGAAUCGGAUUAUCCGCGAAGCCUUGGUUGGCGGUGUCAACUCAGGCCUCCGCGUGGACGUGCAUCUCCGCGCCGUGCCCACUGCUCUUCGCAACAAGCCGCAGCCGAUCUCCCUCUUCUCGUUGCUGCGACACGAGCACAAGCAAACUGUGGUGAACGUCAAUAUGACCUUGAACUCGAGUGCAGAGAAGCCUCUCAAGUCUAAGGAGGAGCUCUUGAUUCAGUGCGGACCGCGCCGCCUGGUCGUGAACCCCAUAUUCUCGUCCAGCGAUAACACCCCCAACAAUGUCCACAAAUUUGACCGCUUCCUUCACCCAGGCCGCAGUGCCAUUGCAUCCUGGAUCGGACCCAUGACCUGGGGUGCCGUCCCCGUCCUUGUGUAUAAGAACAAGCCAGCCGAGGACCCCGAAAUCCUCGAUUCGGCCGACGCCAAGGAGGAGCCGCUCGCCAUGGACCGGCUGGAGUUGAUUGCAACCGGAACAGUCGUGGCACCCGACCAGAGCCGUGUCGUGGCCAAGCGCGCCAUCCUCACGGGCCACCCGUACAAGAUCCAUCGCAAGGUCGUCACGAUCCGAUACAUGUUCUUCAAUGCCGAGGAUAUUGCCUGGUUCAAGGCCCUGCAACUGUGGACCCGCCGUGGCCGCAGCGGAUAUAUCAAGGAGAGUCUCGGUACACACGGCUACUUCAAGGCUAUGUUCGAUGCCAAGAUCAACCCGCAGGACUCGGUGGGUAUCAGUCUAUACAAGCGGGUCUUCCCUCGCAAGGCCAAGGCUUUGGAGGAUGUUGUGGCUUAA